AUGUAUCGGUACGUUAUUCCCUGGUUCCUUCUCUCUGCCCCGCAGGCGUGGGCCAGUGGAUUCUGUGGAGAGGGUGUGCGUGUGGGAAUUUUCGACACCGGUCUCGUCGACACCAACCUGCACAAACACUUCCGUGCAGUGACGAUAAAGGAGAGAACCAACUGGACCUACCUGUCUGCGCGCACUCGUAAACGCGAGCGGAAGCAGCAGCAGGGCGCCGAGGAAGACGUGAAUCCAGCUGCCAUUGACGGACACGGUCACGGUACCUUUGUUGCUGGGAUCAUC